AUCCAGAUGGCCGUGAGGUGGACCUGGGCAGGCAAGGGCUGCCUGCUGCUGGCGCUUCUAACCGUGGGCUAUGUCCUCCUGGAGCUCUCCGUGUCUGGUUUCCAUUCCUCCUCAGGAGCCGGCCUGCCCAGGGGGCGGUCACAGAGGCAGCUCACUGACUCGGAGGCGAAGCCGGUGGAUCUGUCCCGGCCGCUGUAUGAGAAGCCUCCCGCAGAUUCCCAUGCCCUGGGAGAGUGGGGGAAAGCCAGCAAACUGCAGCUCACCGACGGUGAGCAGAAGCAGGUAGAGGAGCUCAUUGAGAGAUACGCUAUCAACAUUUACCUCAGUGACAGGAUCUCCCUGCACCGCCAUAUAGAGGACAGAAGAAUGUAUGAGUGUAAAGCCAAGACGUUCAACUACCGGAGCCUCCCCACCACCUCGGUCAUCAUAGCUUUCUACAACGAAGCCUGGUCCACUUUGCUCCGCACCAUCCACAGUGUUUUAGAGACUUCCCCCGCCGUCCUUUUGAAGGAGAUCAUCUUGGUUGAUGACUUGAGUGACAGAGUGUAUUUGAAGACCCAGCUUGAAAGUUACAUCAGCAAUCUCGAUCGAGUCCGCUUGAUUCGAACCAAUAAGCGAGAGGGGCUGGUUAGGGCCCGCCUGAUUGGGGCCACUUUUGCCACAGGAGAUGUGCUCACCUUCCUAGACUGCCACUGUGAAUGUAAUUCUGGAUGGCUGGAGCCUCUUUUGGAAAGGAUUGGUAGAGAUGAGACAGCAGUUGUUUGCCCCGUGAUAGACACCAUUGACUGGAAUACGUUUGAAUUCUACAUGCAGACAGGGGAGCCCAUGAUUGGUGGGUUUGACUGGCGUUUAACAUUCCAGUGGCAUUCUGUCCCCAAACAGGAAAGGGACAGGCGGUCUUCAAGAAUCGACCCUAUCAGGUCACCCACCAUGGCUGGCGGACUGUUUGCUGUCAGCAAGAAAUACUUUGAGUACCUUGGAACCUAUGACACUGGAAUGGAAGUGUGGGGAGGUGAAAACCUAGAGCUCUCUUUUCGGGUGUGGCAGUGUGGCGGGAAGUUGGAGAUCCACCCCUGUUCCCACGUGGGUCAUGUAUUUCCUAAACGGGCACCAUAUGCCAGGCCCAACUUCCUGCAGAAUACGGCUCGGGCAGCCGAAGUGUGGAUGGAUGAGUAUAAGCAGCAUUUCUACAACCGAAACCCUCCAGCAAGGAAAGAAGUUUACGGUGACAUUUCUGAAAGAAAAUUACUACGAAACCGGCUGAGAUGCAAGAGCUUUGACUGGUAUUUAAAAAACGUGUUUCCUAACUUACACAUCCCAGAGGAUAGGCCAGGCUGGCAUGGAGCUGUCCGCAGUGUUGGGAUUUCUUCUGAAUGUCUAGAUUAUAAUUCUCCUGACAACAACCCCACGGGUGCUAAUCUUUCACUAUUCGGAUGCCAUGGCCAAGGUGGGAAUCAAUUCUUUGAAUACACCUCUAACAAGGAAAUACGGUUUAAUUCUGUGACAGAGUUAUGUGCAGUGGUCCAUGAGCAGAAAAAUUCUGUGGGAAUGCAAGCUUGUCCCAAAGAUGGGCUCCCCGUUCCAGCAAACAUUAUUUGGCAUUUUAAAGAAUACGGAGCCAUUUUUCACCCACACUCAGGACAGUGUGUGAGUGCUUAUCGGACACCUGAGGGCCGGCCUGAUGUCAAAAUGAGCACUUGUAAUGCUCUAGAUACAAAUCAAAUCUGGAGGUUCGAGAAGUAGGAGAGCACAAACUGCACUUUGGUCCUGAGCUGACAAUAGUUUCAGAAAAGUCGAAGCGCCUUCCAAGGUCCUCAGCGAAGAUUGUGUUUUAUCAGAAAUCACCUGGAGGCCAGCUGGAGCGCUCUGUGAAAGCUGUGGUUCCCUUUGGUCUCUUGCACUGACACCCGGUCACAGAGCUGCUGCUGCUGAAGAUUUCUAAGUGCCUUACUUACGGAUUGUUUUGUCUAAGAGCUGUGCCAGUCUGGUCCCAGAGAGCUCCUCCCCAGAAGUGACUGUGCGUGGAGAUGCACAAAACCUUUAAGUACCAGGCUUAAUGUUUUUGUUUAAAAAUGUCAAAGUCUAAGUAAAAUGAGAUAUGGUUCAUGGUGAUGGGUCAUUCUAUGUACAUCCUAUUUAAGAACAAAAGCAAAAACUAAAUAACUUAUAAAUGUAGUUUGAACUAAUGCUAUUUUUAAUGAUUUGUAGAAUUUAACUUUUUAAUUUUCUUGGCAAACAUUGAAUUUUAGAUUUCGUUCAUCUUUUAAUCUAAUUUUCCUUUAAUCAAAUAGAAUUCAAAGUUGACGUGAUGGGGAAAAGGCCUGCCAUAGAUCUAUGUACCCUUGGAAGAGGGCAUUAGUUUGCAUGUCUUUUACUCUAUGGGACAUUGUAGAAAAAUAUACCCACAUCUAUCUAAUGGAAGUGGAAAGACAUUUACAAAGUUUACUUCGUGUAAACUUGGAUUUAAUUGAUCUAUAUUGAUACCUCAAAUCACUCUGAAUUUGUACGCCGCCCUCUAUGUGAGUGUCUUUGUGUGUAUAGGGCAUUUUCUGAUUGUACUUCCUUGAGUUAUAAAUAUAUUGCAAAAGGACCCAUUUGAAAUACUGUGCCUCCCUUUGUUAAUAUUUAAUCAUGAAAAGUAAACACAAUUGAGGCCUCACUGAAGUAAGACCCAAUUGUGUCUACUGAAAUAUGUGAAACUGAAAGUGGACCUAGUCUUACAAGGGCUGCUGUACACUUCUCUGAGUUCUUACCGAUUAGGAAAUGUAGGUAUUUAUUUUAGGAAUCGUGUCAAGGAAAAAGCACUGUCUUGGCAAUCAGGAGAGCUACCUCCCAGCUCAUUUCAGCACCUGGUGCUGAGCCUGGCCUUUAGACCGCAGCUUUCAGUAUGUGUUUGAGUGAAUGAGUGGCUCAACUAAUGACUUUAGUCAAGUUGUUUGAUGUGUUUGGGCCUCAGUUUCCCCAUCUGAAAAAUGAGGGUGCUGGCUUAGAUCUUGAAGACUCCUCCAAGCUUUGAAAUGCUAUGACUACAUUUUGCUCUUCUCAGAUUCAGUCACUGUGCAGUCUUUCUAACACUUCAUCUAACACCUUUCACCUAGGCAAUGUUAUGCAGCAAUAUACCUCCAGUUACAAAGCUGAAAAAUAGAGAGUUUCAAAAUUAAAAUUAAGGGAGCUGAGUUCAACUAAAGUGAUUUAUUCUGCUGAGGGUGAAUUGUUAACUGUGUAUACUGUCAUAUCAUUUUGAUAACUGUUGAACCAAUUUUGUCUUUAUGAUUUCAAUUAAACGUUUCUAAGCUCAAAGAAUAUAAAUAUUUCCCAAACAAAAUUUAUUUAAGAAGUAAAUACGUUCUUUUUAAAAGAGUAUUUUUUGAAAAAACGUUUUUAUUCCGGUGUCAUAUCUGGAAUGCAUAGUCUUAAUUUAAAGUUAAAUCUCAAUUAUUUCACUUGAUGUAGAUUCAUGAAGUGUUAUGCUUCACAUAAUUAAUCCAACAUAUUCUUAAAUAAGGUUGCUUUUUGGUAUUUACUUAAUGACUUGGAGAGGAGAAUCUUCAAAAAGUGAAAUUUGUAAAAGUUUUUUCGAGUAACUGUUUGAAAAAGAAGCCCUGGUGGCAUAGUGGGUUAUGUGUGAUGCUAAUGGCAAAGCCAGCAGAUUGAAGCCACUGGCUGCUCCCUGGAGAGAGAUGAGACUUUCUCUAAAAACAAGCUAAAACACCCCCGCCCCCAAUCUCACUUCUGUGGAAUU